GACUCGGAGGUGGGGGCAGCCGCGACGCCCUGAGGGGGAGGGACCGAUCGGCCCGCGGAUUGAUCCUCUGUGGUUCUCUGCUGGACAAGCGGAGCGCGUCGCGCCCUGUCCGCGGGCGGCGGUGUGGACAGGGACCCCGGGGACUCCACGGUCUCCUCCUCGCUCUCGGUGCUGGGCGAGGGGAGCCGUCUUGUCCCGUUGUGGGGAGGAAACUGAGGCACAAGCAGGGCCUCCAGGACCCAGCCCCCUGCCUGCAGGUGCACCGACCAUGGACGUGAGGUGGACACUCUGCGGCCGCCCCCCGCUACGGGUCUGCACCCUCGUGUCCCUGGCCGCCGCCGCUCUCCUGGGGCACAUCCUGCUCCACGAUUUCUUGGUGGCCCCCCGAGAGCAGCGUGGCUCCUCCCAAGCACCUGAGGGGCUUUACCCAGCUCGCCAGCAGGGAGCCGGCCAGCCAGGCGCCCAGGCCACCCCAGGGCACCACGGUGGCCCCAGAGCAGCGCCCCCACAGUGCGAUGUGCCCCCCAAUAGCCGCUUCGACUGCGCCCCAGACACGGCCAUCACCCAGGCGCAGUGUGAGGCCCGCGGCUGCUGCUACGUGCCCACCAGGCGGGGACCCUGGGCUCCCCGCAUCGGGCAGCCCUGGUGCUUCUUCCCGCCCAGCUACCCGAGUUACAAGCUGGAGAACCUGACCACCACGGCCACAGGCUACAUGGCCACCCUGACCCGCACCACCCCAACCUUCUUCCCCAAGGACAUCUUGACCUUACGGCUGGACGUGCUGCUGGAGACGGAGAGCCGGCUGCAUUUCACGAUCAAAGAUCCCGCCAACAGGCGCUACGAGGUGCCCCUGGAGACCCCACGUGUCCGCAGCCGGGCGCCGUCCACACUUUACAGCAUGGACCUCCAGGAGGAGCCCUUCGGGGUCAUUGUGCGCCGGAAGCUGGAUGGCCGGGUGCUGCUGAACACGACGGUGGCGCCCCUGUUCUUUGCUGACCAGUUUCUGCAGCUGGCCACCUCUCUGCCGUCCCCGCACAUCACUGGCCUCGGCGAGCAUCUCGGCUCCCUGACGCUUAGCACCAACUGGACCAAGGUCACCCUGUGGAACCGGGACAUCGCCCCCCAGCCCAACACGAACCUGUACGGAUCCCAUCCUUUCUACCUGGUGCUGGAGGAUGGCGGCUUGGCGCACGGGGUCUUCCUGCUGAACAGCAAUGCCAUGGAUGUGGUCCUGCAGCCGCGCCCGGCCCUCAGCUGGAGGGCCACCGGUGGCAUCCUGGACGUGUACGUCUUCCUGGGCCCUGAGCCCAAGAGCGUGGUGCGCCAGUACCUGGAAGUCGUGGGCUUCCCCUUCAUGCCGCCGUACUGGGGCCUGGGCUUCCACCUCUGCCGCUGGGGCUAUUCCUCCACGGCCAUCACCCGCCAGGUGGUGGAGAACAUGACCAGGGCCCACUUCCCCCUGGACACUCAGUGGAAUGACCUGGACUACAUGGACGCCAGGAGGGACUUCACUUUCAACAAGGACGGCUUCGGGGACUUCCCGGCCAUGGUGCAGGAGCUCCACCAGAGCGGGCGGCACUACGUGCUGAUCGUGGAUCCCGCCAUCAGCAGUUCCGACCCCCCUGGCAGCUACCGACCUUAUGACGAGGGUCUGCGCAGGAAGGUCUUCAUCACCAACGACACCGGGCAGCCGCUGAUUGGGAAGGUGUGGCCUGGAUUUACCGCCUUCCCCGACUUCACCAGCCCCGAGGCCCUUGACUGGUGGCAGGACAUGGUGGCUGAGUUCCACGCCCAGGUGCCCUUCGACGGCAUGUGGAUUGACAUGAACGAGCCCUCCAACUUCGUCAGGGGCUCUGUGUAUGGCUGCCCCGACAGUGACCUGGAGAACCCGCCCUAUGUGCCGGGGGUGGUUGGCGGGACCCUGCGUGCAGCCACCAUCUGCGCCUCCAGCCGCCAGUUCCUGUCCACGCACUACAACCUGCACAACCUUUACGGCCUGACAGAGGCCCUUGCCUCUUACAGGGCCCUGAUCAAGGCGCGGGGGCUGCGCCCCUUUGUGAUCUCCCGCUCAACCUUCGCGGGCCAUGGCCGAUACGCCGGCCACUGGACAGGGGACGUGUGGAGCAGCUGGGAGCAGCUCUCGUACUCUGUGCCAGAAAUCCUGCUCUUCAACCUGCUGGGGGUGCCGCUGGUCGGGGCCGAUGUGUGUGGCUUCCAGGGCAACGCGUCAGAGGAGCUGUGUGUGCGCUGGACCCAGCUGGGGGCCUUCUACCCAUUCGUGCGGAACCACAACGACCUCAACAGCCUGCCUCAGGAGCCGUACAGGUUCAGCGAGACGGCGCAGCGAGCCAUGAGGAAGGCCCUCGCCCUGCGCUACAUGCUGCUGCCCCACCUGUAUACGCUGUUCCACCGGGCCCACGUGGGGGGCGAGACCGUGGCCCGGCCCCUCUUCCUGGAGUUCCCCGAGGACCCCGGCACCUGGGCCGUGGACCGGCAGCUCCUGUGGGGGGCGGCUCUGCUCAUCACCCCGGUGCUCGAGGCUGGGAAGGUCGAGGUGACCGGCUACUUCCCCACUGGCACGUGGUACGGCCUGCAGACGGGGCCAGCGGGGGCCCUCCGCAGUCUCCUGCUGCCUGCCCCCGUCAUGCCUGCCAUCCACAGCAAGGGGCAGUGGGUGACGCUGCCGGCGCCGCUGGACACCAUCAACCUCCACCUCCGGGCCGGCCACAUCAUCCCCCUGCAGGGCCCUGGCCUCACAACCACGGAGUCCCGAAAGCAGCCCAUGGCCCUGGUCGCGGCCCUGCCUGCGAGCGGGGAGGCCCGAGGAGAGCUCUUCUGGGACGAUGGGGAGAGCCUGGGGACACUGGAGCGCGGGGCCUACACGCAGGUCGUCUUCCUGGCCAAGAAUAACACCAUUGCAAACGAGCUGGUGCAUGUGGCUGGUGAGGGGGCCAGCCUGCAGCUGAGGAAGGUCAUCGUCCUGGGGGUGGCCGCCGCCCCCAAGCAGGUCCUCUCCAACGGCGUGCCUGUCUCCAACUUCACCUACAGCCCUGACUCGAAGACCCUGGAUGUCCCUGUGUCGCUGGCGAUGGGAGAACGCUUUCUCAUCAGCUGGUCCUAACUGGGGCCGUGGCGUGCUGGUCCCUCCGCCAAGAGACGGCCAGGGAGGCGACCCCCGCACCCGUGCUGUCGGGAUGUGUGUUGGGGGGUUCAGGGUCGGAAGCCCUUGGCCCACAGCUCACGGCACGGACUCCCCUCCAACACCCAGAUCUGCCUGUGUGUCUACCUCCUGGGCCCGUGUGCCCUGUGUUUGCGGUUCUCUCCCGGAAGGUCUACCUCCCACCCGCGGCCUGCCUGGGACCGCAGAGGAGGGCUCCGGGUGUGGACGCCGUCCCCGUGCCCCAGGUCACACUGGGGGUGGCCGUGUGGCUGCCACGUCCAGAUGAGAGGACUGCUGUCUGGGCAGCUGCGCCCCGGUAGUGGCGGGCGGGUGCCCGCUGGCCUGAUGAGCGCGGCCACGGGGGCCUCUGGAGAAUUCACAGGACCCCGGGAAACCCUCGCUCUGAAGUGCAAUUAUGUUUAAUAAAAGGGGUGUUGCAAUCA